AUGCGUUCCUUCAUCACUGCCUCAGUCCUCAUCGCCGGCGCCCUAGCCCAAUCAACCGAAGACUACCUCAAGUGCGCCAGCGCCGCCUUCAGCAACAUCAACACCUCAAACUUCACCUCCUGCAGCACCAAAACCUCCCAAGAAUGCUUCUGCGCCAACAAAUCCCUAAUCAAAGCCCUAACCACAUCCACUGCCCCAGCCUGCGCCGGCCUCGACCUAACAUCCCUCACAACCUCCCUCUGCAGCAACACAACAGAUGCCGCACCCGCACGACACGCAAGCAGACCCAUGCAGCUCGCCGACAAGAAGCGGGCCUUCGCACCUGCGCCCGCACCUGAGCGCGAAGCCGAAGCUGCUGUUCCGCACGUCGUCUACGUGACUGAGACACGCACUGAUUGCAGCUGCAAGAGCACUCCGGUUGCCGAAAGACCGAUGCAUGUCUCGCAGAUUCCGGUUGAUGUUCCCGCUAGCAGUGCCGCUUCUAUGGCGGUGGAGGCAUCUUCGACGCCGGCUAGUCGGCUGCAUGGCUUGAUGGGUGGUGCGGCUUCGUCGUCUGUGAUCUUUGGUCCGCAAGCUACGUCUUCGGCUGUGCCUUCUGGUGUUGAUCCGACUCGCUUCUCGCCUUUCAAGGGGGCGGCUGCGGCGGGCGCUUCCGUGCAUGGUGGUGUUGCGGUGCUUGGGGUUGCGGCUGCUAUGGCUGUUGUUGUUGCAUUGUAG